AUGAAGCUGUACACGAACCCCGCGUCGCGCGGGCAGAUCGUGAGCUGGUACCUCCAUGAGCUGGGUGUGCAAGCGGAGGAGGUGAUCCUGGACUUCAAGGCCGGGGAGCACAAGGCGCCAGGGUACACCGACAAGUUCCCCUUUGGACUGGUUCCGUCUAUCGAGGAUGGAGACCUGCGCCUGUUUGAGAGCGGCGCCAUCCUGCUGUACCUGGCAGAGCGCUUCCCCGAGGCCUCGGGCGUGACCACCACGGAGCAGCGCGCGCUGGCGGCGCAGUGGGUGCUGUUCGCCAACGCGACGCUGGCGCCCGUAAUGUUCAUCGAGUCGGUCAGGGACACCACAUUGCCCAAGGUGUUUUCCCCCCUGGACAAGGUCUUGGCUGACAGGGAAUAUCUUGAGGGUGGGAAGUUCAGCGUGGCGGAUCUUGCGGUUGGGGCCUACCUGACCUACAUGCCCAUGUUUCUGCCGCAAGUGGACCUUUCGCCCUGGCCAAACGUGGUCGCGUACAUCAACAGGAUCUCUGAGCGCCCGUCUUUCAAGGCAACGUCGGGCUCGCCCGAGGUGACGAACAUGGCCAAGGAGAUGGCUGAGAAGAGGGCGGCGGCGGCGGCGGCCAAGGAGUGA